UCACGCAUGCAUAUCGCAUACAUACAUAAUCCAACCUAACCCUAGUCGGAGCAUUGUCUUUUAAAUCAGCGACACCAACAAAUUGUGAAAAAUGUGUCUAUAAUAAUAAAAAAAAUAACUUAUAAACAUUGUGAUCGAUUAUACGACCCGAAAUAUUAUUGGAUUUCUGUUGUUCAAUACAUAAGCCAACGAUAGGGUUAGGAAUAAAAGCAUAAUUAAUUUGAUUCGCGCCAAAUUGCAACUUAUUUUCUUCACAUACAAUUUAUAUUGACAAAAAUUUUCAUAAUGGCAUCCGAGGACAUCAAUUCUCAUACUACAAUAUUAGCUUCUUCGGAGGAGACUGGGCAUUCUGUUACCAGUACAUCGCAGGAAAGUAAUAAUAAGGAUGCUGCAAGCCCAAAUAAGCCGCAGAUUCAGGUGAAUCCAACGAGUAAUCUCCAAAGGAUACAUCAGCGCAAGCAGCAGGCGCUCAACUGGCCGCGAGAAAAGAAAUUGUUGAAACUUGCGAAUUACAGUGCGUGUCAAACGGAGGAGUGUAAAUGUACAGGCUGGAAGAACGCGCAGCCGAUUGUAAAGUCGCCGAAGGGCGAGAUACAGCAGCCCGUUAUAAACUUUUCCGAUCCGUGCAAGACGUGUACGCAUCCUCUGGAGAGUCACAUCAAACAUCUGUUAGUACAAUCCGACGAGGAGAUCAACAGACUAUUGGGAAUGGCUGUCGACACGGACAAUAUCGUGGCGUGUACACACAGGGAGGGAGAUCUCGACACUAAAAAAGUCUAUUUUUACCUUUACAAAUUAUUGAGGAAUUGUAUCUUGUCUAUGACAAAGCCGGUCGUGGAAGGCCCGUUAGGGCAGCCGCCGUUUGAAAGACCCAACAUAGCGAAAGCGGUGAUGAAUUUUGUUUUGUAUAAAUUUAGUCAUUUGCCGCCGAAGGAGUGGCAACUUAUGUGCGAGAUGGCAAGGAUGUUUUUACACUGUCUGAACUUUUGGAAUUUCGAAGCCCCCGGUAGCAGACAAGCGACAUUUAAAACGGACGAGGCUCCCACUUACAAAAUUAAUUACACCCGCUGGCUGGUCUUCUGCCAUGUUCCUGCAUUCUGCGACUCUUUGCCGAACCACGAUACUCCUUUGGUUUUCGGGAAGACUCUACUGCAAGCCGUAUUCAAACCACUUUGUAGAGAAUUAUUGAACAAAUGUCACAAUGAAAGAGACAAAAUAGUGCCGGAGAAGAAAGUUAUACUUUUAACACAUUUUCCUAAGUUUCUUUCCAUGCUAGAAGCUGAGAUUUAUUCCGACAGUUCGCCCAUGUGGGAUCCCGAAUUCAAACAAACACCACCGUCUCAUCUGCAAACUGCCUUGGAGUCGAAGGCACAGCAAGUGAGAAAGACUGGGGAAUUUGAGAAGGUCACUAUUACACCAAACGAGAAAGACAAUUAUACAACGAUAAAUAUUAGUCCCGGAAUAAGAAGACUUGCUGAAAAACGUCCCGAUGGACGACUUGACAUAAAGAGACGAAAAUGUGAGGAAGUUUUUGAAGAUUUGCCAGACGAAACUGUUUCUGAGAUUGUUGCGACUAUUAAUGAUCCCAACUACAUGUACGGGCCUGAUGCGGUAUUUCCUCCGGAUGUUCCGCGAGACGAAACCGCGAAAGUUGAGGAAAGCAGGAAGAUCAUAGAGUUUCAUGUUGUCGGAAACAGUCUGACGCAGCCUGUGUCAAAACAAACUAUGCUCUGGCUGAUAGGAUUGCAUAACGUAUUCAGUCAUCAAUUGGUCAGAAUGCCAAAAGAAUAUAUAUCUCAAUUUGUUUUUGAUCCGAAGCAUAAAACAUUGGCUCUGGUAAAAAGCGGUCGUCCAAUAGGCGGUAUUUGUUUUCGCACGUUUCCUACUCAGGGUUUUACCGAGAUAGUAUUUUGCGCUGUCACGAGUCAAGAGCAAGUGAAAGGCUAUGGAACGCACUUGAUGAACAUGCUGAAAGAUUAUCACAUCAAGAACAACAUACUGCACUUUCUCACGUUCGCAGAUGAGUUUGCCAUUGGAUAUUUUAAAAAACAGGGAUUUAGCAAAGAUAUAAAAUUGCCGAAGCAGAUGUAUCAAGGAUAUAUUAAAGAUUAUGAAGGAGCGACGCUGAUGCACUGUGAAUUGAAUGCUAAAAUAGUAUACACCGAAUUUACAGCGGUAUUGAGGAAGCAGAAAGAAAUUGUUAAAAAAUUAAUUUAUCAAAGGCAGCAGGAAAUACAAAAAGUUCAUCCGGGCUUAACGUGCUUUAAAGACGGUGUGAAAAGUAUUCCCGUCGAAUCUAUUCCGGGAAUUCGCGAGACCGGAUGGAAGAAUUAUGCUCAAGCAAGAACAAGAGGCGUGGCCAAAGGAACGCAAGGUCCGGAAUCUGUAGAUUGCAUAGAUAUGUCGGAUUCUCUUUAUAACGCUUUGAACAGCGUUUUGAAUAGCAUGAAGAGUCAUAGCGCAGCUUGGCCGUUCUUGGAGCCUGUGGACAAAGACGACGUUCCAGAUUACUAUGAUCAUAUAAAAUAUCCAAUGGAUCUCAAGACUAUGGAAGAGCGUUUGAAGUCUAAAUAUUAUGUAACUAGAAGAUUAUUUAUUGCAGACAUGACACGAAUUUUCACGAAUUGUAGAUUGUAUAACAGUCUCGAGACCGAUUAUUAUCGUUGCGCCAAUGCUCUGGAAAAAUAUUUCCAGACGCGUAUGAAAGAGAUUGGUCUAUGGGACAAGUAGAAUUUUUUUAAAUGCUUACGAUAUAUAUAAUAUAAAAAAUAUAAAAACAAUUUUUGUUCA